CUACGACGAUCCGGACGCGGACGAGGAGGCAGAGAUGGAAGCGGAGCGGGACCUGGCCGAAGACGCGCAGUGGAAGCGAAUACAGCAAAACACGUUCACGCGCUGGGCCAAUGAGCACCUGAAGAUCAUCAACCAAACAAUUGCCAAUCUCGAGAGCGACCUGUCCGACGGUUUGCGGCUGAUCGCGCUAAUCGAGGUCCUGUCACAGAAGCGCAUGAGCAAACACAACAAGCGGCCCACCUUCCGCAGCCAGAAGCUGGAGAAUGUGUCCGUCGCGCUCAAAUUCCUCGAGGUGGAGGGUAUCAAAAUCGUCAACAUCGAUUCUUCGGACAUUGUGGACUGUAAGCUAAAGCUGAUUAUGGGCCUGAUUUGGACAUUGAUUCUGCAUUACUCCAUCUCGCUACCAAUGUGGGAAGGGGACGAAAAUGGAGACAACUUGGCCAACGGAAAUGGGGCCUCGCCGAAGCAACGGCUAAUGAACUGGAUACACCGGCUGGUACCGGACCUACCCAUCAACAAUUUCACUUCGGACUGGACCAAUGGUAAAGCUGUCGGAGCCCUGGUAGACGCUGUCGCUCCUGGCCUCUGUCCAGAUUGGCCGAUGUGGGACCCGAAGGACGCGGUUCAGAAUGCCGCCGAAGCGAUGGGCCUGGCGGAUGACUGGCUGAACGUGCGUCAACUAAUUCGACCGGAGGAAAUGGUGAAUCCCAACAUCGACGAACAGUCUAUGAUGACCUAUCUGUCCCAAUACCCGAACGCGAAGCUGAAGCCAGGAGCUCCACUUAGACCCCGCACUAACCACAGCAGUGUUCCACCGCCGCGGGUGCGCGCAUACGGUCCAGGAAUCGAACCCACUGGCCCAACGGUGGGAGCUCCCGCUAACUUUACCGUCGAAACGUUCUCCGCUGGCAAGGGCAACGUUGAUGUGGCCGUACACAAUCCCAACGGCAAUCCGGAAAAGGUGGACUGCCGCUUCAACAACGACAAGAACCUGACGUACUCGGUAUCGUACAUCCCGAAGCUGGAGGGACAGCACAAGGUGUACGUGAAGUUCAACGGCCGUGACAUCCCGAAGAGUCCUUACGAAGUGCAAGUGGAAAGUCAAGCUGGCGAUGCGUCCAAGGUGACAGCGAGUGGGCCCGGUCUGCUGCCCGACGGUGUUGUGGUUGGCAAGCAAACGUACUUCGACAUCACGACGAAAGAUGCCGGCAAGGGUACUCCCGAGGUGAUCAUUCUCGAUCCCGCAAACCACAAAACCUCGGUUGCGGCAAAGCUCCGCCAGCUCGGCACGGACCAGUGGCGAUGCGAGUACACGGCAAAGCAGGUCGGACUGCAUUCAGUCAACGUGUUCUUCUGCGGGCAGCAGAUUCGCGGAAGCCCGUACGGAGUGCGCGUCGCUCCGGUAUGUGAUUCGCGGAAGGUUCGAGCUAGCGGACGUGGUCUGCAGCCGGUCGGUGUUCGCGUAAACGACGACGAUGUCACGUUCCGCAUCUUUACCGAAGGUGCCGGAGAAGGCAUCCCAGAGGUGAAGAUAUUUGGCCCGGGAGGAGUCGUACCGGAGCACAGCAUCCGUAAACUCGAUGCCACCACGUAUGAGGCACAAUACAUUCCACUGAAGGAGGGCCGCUACAAGAUCCUGGUACUGUACGGCGGUCAGGAGAUCCCGAAGUCUCCGUUCGAGGUAACGGUUGGCCCACAGAAACACACCUCGAUUGUGGCAUAUGGGCCUGGGCUGAAAUCGGGCAUGGUUGGCCAACCGGCCUGUUUUGUCGUUGAGACGAACGGUGAAACUGGAAAUCUUGGAUUCAGCAUCGCUGGGCCCUCGCAGGCCGAAAUUGAAUGUCACGAUAAUGGGGACGGUUCCGCGCUAGUCAAGUAUCAUCCGACCGCACCGGGCGAGUACGCCGUGCAUAUAUUGUGCCGCAACGAGGACAUCCCGAAGAGCCCGCACAUCGCCCAAGUGCUCCCAAAAGCGGACGACUUCCACCCGGAGCUGGUAAAGGUGACCGGACCGGGCGUGGAAAAGAAUGGAGGUGUGACCGUGGGUAAACCAACUGAAUUCACCGUGGACGCGACUCGAGCCGGUUCGGCACCGCUGGAGGUGAAAAUUAACGACGUUUUCUCCAACACCAUUACGCACAAGAUCACACAAACGGAGAGCGGGACGAAGAAGAUCUCGUACACCGCCCCCACAGCUGAGCGGGUCACGGUAGAGGUGAACUACGGUGGCGUUGCUGUGCCGCAGUCACCAUUCCGUGUGAACGUUUCCACUCCACUGGACGCAUCGAAGGUGCAGUUCUUCGGACCGUGGUUGGAGCCAGGUGUGAAGCCGAAUGCGGCCACCCAUUUCAACGUGGAUGCCAGGGCUGCCGGCAAUGGACUGCUGGAGGUGAACCUAGUGCACGAAGAAUCGAAACAGAAGAUACCGGUACGCAUCAUCGACAACAACGAUAACACGUACGCUGUGGAAGUGAUUCCACCACUAGCGGGCACGUACUCCACCAAUUUACUGUACGGUGGACUGAAAGUGCCGCUGUCACCGAAAGUCACCGUUUCGCCACCAGUAGAUGUGUCAAAGAUAAAGGUGGACGGACUAGAGCCGACUGCACCGUUGAACAGCCUGCAACAGUUCCGCGUCAUCACGAAUGGCAUCGGGAAGGCGGACCUGGCCGUUACCAUCACUAGUCCCUCGGGGAAUCGCGUAAAGGCACACGUGAUACCGACAGCCGAAGGUUUUCUGGUGAACUUUACACCAACCCAGCUGGGCGAAUACUUGCUAAGCGUGAGUUUCGGUGGCACACCCAUUACACCGCAGCCCUUUCGUUUGCAGUGUCUGGUUGGGUCGGAUUCGCGAAAGGUGCAGGCCAGCGGACCGGGACUGGUGCGCGGAAUCAUUAAUCGACCGGCCGAGUUUAUGAUCGAUACGCGCGGCGCUGGUCAGGGUGGGCUGGGCGUAACGGUCGAGGGUCCCUGUGAGGCGGCAAUCAACUGCCGCGAUAACGGCGACGGUACGUGCAAUGUGGCCUACCUACCGACGGAGAUCGGUGACUAUACGAUAAACAUCACGUUCAACGAUGACCAUAUCGCCGGUUCGCCAUACCAGGCCAUCAUUGUGCCGGAACCGAAUCUAAACAAGAUACGCGUCUCCGGGAUGGGCAUUCAGCCACACGGUGUGGUGAUGAACGCUCCUACGGAUUUCCUGGUGGAUAUGAGCAAAGUAGGCGAUGAUGUAGACCGAUCCAAGCUGUCAUGCAAUAUCUUUGACCCGAGGGGCAACGAAAUACCCAGCAAGCUGGUACCUAGUGACUCAGCCGACGAUGUGUUCCGCAUCAUGUACACACCAUUCGAGGCAGGUCGGCACACGAUUGAGCUGCUGUAUGAUAACGUUCCCGUACCAGGAUCGCCGUUCGUGGUGAAUGUUAAGUCCGGUUGUGAUCCGAGCCGUUGUCGUGCAUACGGACCAGGGCUGGAAGGUGCACUAACCGACAAAAUGGCCACGUUUACGGUGGAAACACGCGGUGCCGGUGCCGGUGGACUGUCGCUGGCGAUCGAGGGCCCGUCCGAAGCCAAAAUGAGCUGCACCGAUAAUCGCGAUGGUUCGUGCGAUGUUGAAUAUUUGCCGACGGAACCGGGCGAGUACGACAUCACCAUUCGCUUUGCGGACAAGCACAUCCCCGGAUCACCGUUCAGGGUCGUGGUAAACGAAUCGACCCGCCCGGAGAAGGUGAAGGUGUACGGUCCCGGUAUCGAGCAUGGACAGGUGUGCGAUGGAGUACCGGCACAGUUUUUCAUCGAUUGCGGUGACGCGGGUCCGGGAAAAAUCGCGGUAAAGCUUAGCUCAUCCGAGGGCAAACCAAUCACAGCACAGGUGCAGGAUAAGGGUGACGGUGUGUACGGCGUGACGUACGUGCCGCCAAAGGAAGGUUCGGUUAUUACGGCGAACGUACGUUUCGCGGACCAGGAUGUGAGCUGCAGCCCGUUCGUGAUGACCGUUUCACCGGCACCGAAUGAUGUUCCCGUCAAGGUGUAUGGUGAUGCGACGACAAAGAAAUCGUUGCCCGCCUCAUUGCCGGCCAAGUUCCAGAUCGAUGCUCCCAAGACCAAAGCGAAGGAGGACAUCAACGUCAGUAUCAAGGGACCGGAUGGGAAACCGCUGGUACCGAAAAUGGAACAGGAACCCGAUGGAACCUAUGCCGUUUCGUUCGUACCGGAUGAAUGUGGCCCGUACAAUGUCAGUAUUAAGUGCGGUGGAAAGGACGUACUAGGUUCGCCCUUCUUACUGCAAGCCAUACCUACGGGAGAGGCUGAUAAGUGCAAAAUGGUACAAGCCGUUCCAGUCAACCAAGAGUACGGCAAAAAGAAUCACUUUGCCGUCGAUGCCAGGGAGGCAGGAACAGGCGCAGUAACGUGUAAAAUUGUAUCACACUCGGAAGCGAGUGACGUAGAUAUCGAUAUCAUCGAGAAGGAUGGGUUCUUCGACAUUUUCUACGUGCUGAAGGAUCCGGGAGACUACGAUCUGGACAUUAAAUUUGGCGGUCAACACAUCCCGAACGGAACGUUCACAAUCAAGGCCGUCGACAACGUCGAGGAGCAGGUUACGAAAAGUGCUACCAGCUCCAGCAGCAAAACUACUUCCUCGGCAACUUCCGAAAACCACAGCUACCAGCAUCAGGAGUCCUACAUCGAGCAGGUCUCAUCAUCCGUUUCCAAGUCCAAGCAAUACAUUCAACAGACCGCGAGUGAAGAGUUCCUUGUUCGGGAGCGAUUAGUGAACGGCAAGCACGACAGCGUUUCAACGCUCAACAGUGUGCAGCAAUUGUCCACCACCACUACCAGCAGCAGUGCAACCAACGGCAACGGAACAACCGAACACGAUAACCACCUGAACGGAACAGCUCUAUCGGCCAACCGCUUCCACGUCUUCAAGCUCGAUCGUCUGAAUAUCCCACAGACCGGUGGACCAGUAACAGCCGAAGUCAAGAUGCCCAGCGGAGAAGUAGACAAGCCGUUCAUCGAUGACAAUCACGAUGGCACGGUUUCCAUCCGGUACGAACCGAAAGAGGAAGGUAUCCACGAGCUGGCGGUCAAGUACAACGGUGAGCAUGUGCAGGGUUCGCCGUUCAAAUUCCACGUCGAUUCGAUCUCGUCCGGUUACGUGACGGCGUACGGACCAGGUCUAGUGCAUGGAGUCACCGGUGAACCGGCCCAAUUCAUCAUCUCCACCAAGGGUGCCGGUGCGGGAGGGCUGCAAAUGGCCGUCGAAGGUCCCAGCAAAGCGGAUAUUACGUACCACGACAACAAGGAUGGUACGGUGUCCGUAUCGUACCUGCCGACCGCUCCCGGCGAGUAUAAAAUCUCUGUCCGCUUUGGGGACAAGCACAUCAAGGGUUCGCCAUACUUCGCGAAAAUCACGGGUGAAGGUCGCAAGCGUAAUCAGAUUUCGGUCGGUUCCUGCUCCGAGGUGACGCUACCCGGUGUCAUCAGCGAUAACGAUCUGCGUUCGCUGAACGCCUCAAUUCAGGCACCGUCCGGGCUGGAAGAGCCCUGCUUCUUGAAGCGCAUGCCCACCGGCAACAUUGGCAUCUCGUUUACGCCGCGUGAAAUCGGCGAGCAUACGGUGUCGGUGAAGCGGCUGGGCAAGCACAUCGCUAACUCGCCCUUCAAGGUGAAUGUAUGCGAGCGCGAGGUAGGUGACGCCAAGAAGGUGCUGGUCACGGGCAAUGCGCUAAAGGAGGGCAAAACGCACCAGGACAACGUGUUCUCGAUCGACACGCGCAACGCCGGUUACGGUGGUUUGUCGCUCUCGAUCGAGGGACCCAGCAAGGCGGAGAUCCAGUGCACGGACAAGGACGAUGGCACGCUCAACAUUGCCUACAAACCGACGGAGCCGGGCUACUACAUCGUGAACCUCAAGUUUGCUGACCAUCACGUGAACGGGUCACCGUUCACAGUGAAGGUUUCGGGCGAGGGUACGAACCGGCAGCGUGAGAAGAUCCAGCGCCAGCGCGAAGCCGUGCCAAUCACCGAGGUUGGCAGCCAGUGCAAGCUGACGUUCAAGAUGCCUGGCAUUACGUCGUUCGAUCUGUCCGCCACCGUCACGUCGCCCGGCGGCGUCAGUGAGGAUGCCGAGAUCCAAGAGAUCGAAGAUGGUCUGUACGCAGUGCACUUCAUCCCGAAGGAACUGGGCGUGCACACGGUUUCCGUCAAGUACAAGCAGAUCCAUAUUCCUGGAUCGCCAUUCCAGUUCACUGUCGGACCGCUUAAGGAUACUGGAGCACAUCUGGUGAAGGCGGGCGGUCCGGGUUUGGAACACGGCGAACAGGGUGUACCGUCUGAGUUUAACGUGUGGACCCGCGAAGCUGGCGGUGGUACUCUCGCUAUCUCCGUCGAAGGCCCCAGCAAGGCGGAGAUCGAGUUCAAGGAUCGCAAGGAUGGCUCCUGCGAUGUUUCGUACGUCGUCAGCGAACCAGGCGACUACCGCAUCGGCUUGAAGUUCAACGACCGCCAUAUUCCGGACUCUCCGUUCAAGGUGUAUGUCUCGCCGGCUAUGGGCGAAGCGCACAAGCUGGAAGUCGCUCAGUUCCCGACCGGCUGUGUGCAAGCAGACAAACCCGCCCAGUUUAUGGUGCGCAAGAACGGUGCCAAGGGUGAACUGGACGCGAAGGUCGUCGCACCGUCGAACAACGAGGAUGAUUGUUUCAUCCAGUUGAUCGAUCAGGACCAGUAUUCGGUGCGGUUCUACCCACGCGAGAACGGUAUCCAUGCGAUCCACGUCAAGUUCAACGGUGUGCACAUACCCGGCUCACCGUACCGCAUUAAGGUAGGCAAAGACGAUGUAGAUCCGGCGGCCGUACAUGCCUCGGGCAAGGGUCUCGGAGAUGUCAAGACGGGCGAAAAGACCGAUCUGAUCAUAGACACGUGCAAUGCCGGCGCCGGUACACUCGCGGUCACCGUUGACGGACCGGCCAAGGUGGCGAUGGACUGCACAGAGGUGGAAGAGGGAUACAAGGUGCGCUACACGCCACUGCUACCGGGCCACUACUACAUGACGAUCAAGUACAAUCAGAUGCACAUCGUUGGCUCACCGUUCAAGAUCAACUGCACCGGCGAAAGUCUCGCCGAAGCAGGCGGACAGGAAACAUCUUCGGUCAUUGUGGAAACCGUGGCAAAGGUGUCGAAGGGCGGCAACCGAACCGGCGUAAUUUUGCCAAUCUUCAAAUCGGACGCCAGCAAAAUUCAAUCGAAGGGAAUGGGUCUCAAGAAGGCGUACAUGGGCAAGCAGAACCAGUUCACGGUCAAUGCCGGCGAUGCGGGCAACAACAUCCUUUUCGUUGGCAUUUACGGACCGAAGGGACCGUGCGAUGAGGUCUUCAUAAAGCACACAGGACGCAACCAGUACACGGUCAACUACCUGGUUCGUGAGCGCGGUGACUACAUUCUGCUUGUCAAAUGGGGCGAUGACCAUAUCCCCGGCUCACCGUUUAAGGUUGAAGUUUAAAGACCGUACAGCCCGUACCUCACAGACGCCAUAACCACCCCCUGCCAAGCGACACUCGAAAGCACGCUCAAAUCCAACGGUUUGUUCUUCCCGUAAAACACUACGUGUCCUCUGAACAUUUUCCUGCACGCACAUUCAUCUCAAUGCCUUCGAUUCAAGUUCUGCUGUAGUCUCUAAAAACAAAACGGCACCAACACACACGCGUUUCAUAGGAUAACUUUGUAGCUGUCGAAAAAAAAAAUCCCCCGAUGUCCGAUGUAGCCCUUAUUAGAACGCAUGCUUUUUACAAUGUGUGUUUAAGUUUUAAAAUUGACCCCUUUUAAUCCACCAUGUUAUCGUUUUGUCACACAGCUGCAAAAGGUUCUAAUACUACCCAAAAUCCUGUUAUACUGCAUCAUUCGGUUAGGAAAGUCGGUAUUAAGACACGCAUGCGCGCCUCGUUCGUAAGGUGAAGCCAAUCGUUAUUUUAUCGUUCAUUUUAAUUAUUAUUAUCCGGUUUGUGAUUCUCUUCCAUCCCGAUUGUCGUGCAGUGUAUGUUUCACUUGUUGGUUUUCCUUAUACUUCCAUCUCUAGUAGUUGCGCAUACUUUUAAGUUACUUGCUUUUCAGUGGCGCCAUUUUUCAAGCAACAAAUCGCACGAAAACGAUGGCACAAUACCCCAUCUCCAUGUUAAGUGUUUAUGUUUGUGUCCAUUUUUUUUAUUAUUCCUACGCGAUAGCGCAGUUUUUGGAUUCUGCCAAUGUUCGGCACUUUUCAUUUCUAUUUAUUACAGUUACGUUCUUAUAUUUUGUUUUUAUACGUAUUACAUUUUCAUUUGUACCCUAAAGCCUACUUCCUUGUGGAAACGACGAUCACAGUCUAAAUAAGGUUUAAGUAAAAGUUGUCAAAUCGAAAUAUCAAAAAAGAGACAAAAAAAUAAAUAAAGCGAUUGUGUAAACGAU